CAUACUUGAUUGCCGCGGACGGGGAGAUAAACAGAAAUCCAUACGUAGUAGUUAUAUUCGCAGUAUAUAUUAUCGCUAUGGCUGUGGGCGUUGGCGCACUACUUCUGUGGACGCUUGUGGCGCUGGUUGUAUAUCUGCUACUGAAAUGGCUACUGGGCAGGCAAUACUGGCAAAAUCUAGGCAUUCCCUGUGAGGAACCGCAUUGGCUGCUGGGGAGCAUGUGGGGAUUGCGCACCACGCGAACGUUCAACGAUGUCUGGACUGAUUACUACAAGAAGUACCGGCUGAGCGGACCCUUUGCCGGAUUCUAUUGGUUCCAGCGGCCUGCUGUUUUCGUACUGGAGCCCUCACUGGCCAAGCUCAUAUUGAUCAAGGAAUUCAACAAGUUCACAGAUCGCGGAUUCUUCCACAACCCGGAGGAUGAUCCCUUGUCUGGGCAGCUGUUUCUGCUGGAUGGCCACAAGUGGAAGUCGAUGAGGCACAAGCUGUCGUCCACCUUCACCUCGGGUAAAAUGAAGUACAUGUUCCCCACCGUGGUCAAAGUGAGUCAUGAGUUCACCGAAGUGUUUGGUCAGAUGGCGGACAAGUCGCCCAUCGUUGAGGUCAGAGAACUGCUGGCCAGAUUCACCACAGACGUGAUAGGCACAUGUGCCUUUGGCAUUAAUUGCAGCAGUCUCAAGGAUCCCGAAGCCGAGUUCCGUAAGAUGGGUCGUCGAGCCUUGACAGAGAACCGUCACGGAUCUCUUGGCAUCGCUUUCCUCAAUAGCUUUCCAAAACUAUCCCGCAAGCUGCACUUGAAGAUGACAGCCGAGCCCAUUGAGCAGUUUUUCAUGCGAAUCGUCAAGGAGACGGUGAAGUUCAGGGAACAGAACCAGAUACGUCGCAACGACUUCAUGGAUCAGUUGAUCGAUCUGAAAAACAAUCAAAUAAUUAAAACCGAGUCGGGCGACAACAUCAACCUCACGAUUGAGGAGAUUGCCGCCCAGGCUUUUGUGUUCUUUGCCGCUGGAUUUGAGACCUCGUCGACCACGAUGGGCUUUGCUCUUUAUGAGCUGGCUCAGCACCCAGACAUUCAGCAGCGGGUGAGAGAGGAGUGCCAGGAGGUGAUACAGAAGUAUGGCGGUGAAUUGACCUACGAGAGCAUGAAGGAACUAGUGUACCUCGAUCAGGUGAUAUCUGAAACUCUUCGCUUGUAUACAGUCCUGCCCGUCUUGAAUCGCGAAUGCUUGGAGGACUUUGUGGUUCCAGAUAAUCCAAAGUACGUGAUCAAGAAGGGAAUGCCCAUUCUGAUACCAGCCGGAGCCAUGCAUCGCGAUGAGAGGUUCUACCCCAAUCCUGAUGCUUUCAACCCGGACAACUUCUCGCCCGAACGCGUUAAGAAUCGCGACUCAGUGGAGUGGCUGCCCUUCGGCGACGGUCCCCGCAACUGUAUCGGAAUGCGUUUUGGCCAGAUGCAAGCCCGCAUUGGAAUGGCCAUGCUCCUGAAGGAUUUCAAAUUCACCGUGUGCGACGAGACGGCUUUUCCUAUGAAGUACGACUUGGAAAGCUUCUUGAUAGCCAGUAAAACUGGCAUUUCACUGGGAGUGGAACGUGUUUAACAAUUACACACACAGCAACAUAUACUCGUGUCCUCGUAUUUCAAAAAUACCUCUGUAGAUACAGUAGCUUCUACCUCACCUUGUAUCUACCCAAAUAUGUUAUUAAUCUGUAUAAAAUUGCUUGAUAUUACAUCAUG